AUGUUUGGCUCCACGGCGCCCGCUUUUGGGUCCAAUACAUCUCAAUCGAGUACAUCCCCGUUUGGCACAGGGUCGUCACAACCGGCUAACAAUGCAAGCAGCGGGUUUGGAGGGUUUGGCGCAAUGUCUCAGAACAACACCAACGCCGGUGGUGUCGGAUCUAGCAGCGGCUCGGGCCUAUUUGGUAUGUCUAACAAUAACAACGGUGGUAGCACUAUGGGCAAUAAUGCAGCGGGCACCAAUUCGGGUCCCUUUGGUCAGGCAACACCGGCAGCCAGCAACAACGCGCCUUCCUUGUUUGGAUCUUCGUCGUUGUCCUCAAAUUCGGGCCUCAAUCCCCAGCAAGGCACUGGAACAGCGAUUAAGCCGUUUUCUGCUUAUACUGAAAAAGACGCUACUACAGGCGUGAACAACGUUUUCCAGUCAAUUUCGUGCAUGCCUGAAUACCGGAAUUAUUCGUUCGAAGAACUGCGCUUCCAAGACUAUCAGGCGAAUCGCAGAUUCGCUUCCAACGCCCCAACCGCCGCUGCCGGUGUUGCCUCGCCCUUUGGCGCCAAUCCAUCCAAUUCUCCAUUCAACAAUACUAACUCGAUGUCUUCCUUUGGCUCGAUAGGCAACAACACCAACACUAAUACCAACACGGGCGGUGGGUUGUUUGGUCAAAACAACGCCGCAACGGGUACUGGCACCACGUCUUCCUUUGGGCAACCUUCCAACUCUUUGUUUGGAAACACCGCUCAAGGCAAUACCGCCAAUUCUCCCUUUGGAAUGAAUAAACCUGCGUCGUCCGGUGGCCUCUUUGGCCAAAACAGUGCAACUGCAAACACUGGCGGUGGAUUGUUCGGCCAAAACGCGAACACCCCAAAUCAAAAUAGUGGUGGACUUUUCGGUCAAAACAACAACGCUGGUAAUAAUGCUCUUGGAUCAGGCAGUGGUGGCCUCUUUGGAGCUUCCAAUCAAAACCAGCAAUCAGGAGGUCUCUUCGGAAACACCUCGAAUACGGGAGGAAGCUUGUUCGGCCAAAGCAACCAAAAUCAAAGCGCGCCUUUUGGUAGUUCAAAUACCACUGCCCCGGGAAGCGGACUAUUUGGGCAAAACAACACUACAACAGCGAAUUCUCCAUUUGGUCAGCAAACCCAGCAACCUAGUGGUGGUCUUUUUGGUAGCAAACCUGCUAAUAGUGGCGGCAUGUUUGGCGGUAGCAGCAAUACCCCGGCUGCAGGUGCGGGCGGUCUAUUUGGUCAAAGUAAUGCUACCAAUUCUCCCUUCGGCCAAUCCAAUAACACAGCUGGUGGCGGCGCUUUUGGGCAAAACCAAGCCCAGAACCAAGGCGGUUUUGGUGGCAGUGGGCUAUUUGGACAAGCUAACAACAACAACAACAACAACACAUCUGGAGGUCUGUUCGGUCAAAACAACAACGCCAAUGCAAAUACCGGUGGUGGUCUAUUUGGUCAGAAUAAUGCGUCCAACUCGGGUGGUUUAUUUGGUCAAAGCGCGGCUACUAAUACCCCCUUUGGUCAAAGCAACUCUGGCUUUUCUUCAUUCGGUCAACAACAACCCCAGAAUCAGCAAAGUGGCUCACUCUUUGGGGCCAAGCCCGCAGGUACUACUGGCGGAGGCCUAUUUGGAUCUGGUAAUAAUACAACAACCGGUUUUGGUCAAAACACGAACGCCGGUGGAGGGUUAUUUGGCCAAAACACCAACACCAAUACCAACACACCCGCCAACACAGGCGGUUUAUUUGGACAAAAUAACGCGAGUAAUGUCGCCGGAGGCCAGUUCGGCCAAAAUGCAAAUCAGCAGCAGCAGCAGCCCCAACAACAAACUAGUGGCGCCGGACUUUUCGGUCAAAAUAACAAUCAACAAAACCAGGGAGGCCUGUUCGGUCAAAAUAACAACACUAGCGGUGGCUUGUUUGGCCAGAGUAAUAAUCAGCAGUCAUCGGGAGGUGGACUCUUUGGUGCCAAGCCGGCCGCUGGUUCCUUGGGUGGCCAGUUUGGUCAAGGUGCUAAUCAACAGCAGCCACAAGGUGGUGGGCUCUUUGGACAGGCCAAUAGCAACCAGUCGAACACUGGUGGUCUUUUCGGAAACAAGCCCGCAGGUUCUACAGGUGGGGGCCUUUUUGGCCAGAACAACUCUACAGGAGCUACGGGCGGUGGUCUUUUUGGUCAAAGUAAUGCAGGAACAUCUAACACCUCUUCGCUUGGAUCAGGUGGCUUAUUUGGUAACAAGCCGGCCAGUAGCUCCAGCACUGGAGGCGGGCUUUUUGGCUCCAAACCUGCAGGCCAAAGCGGUGGUGGAUUAUUUGGUGCCAAGCCCGCGGAAAAUGCUAACAGCGGUGGUCUGUUUGGAUCAAAGCCUGCUGGUAAUCAAAUAGGCUUCAGCAAUGGACCUAAUAAUAAUACCGGAGUGUCUGGUGGUCUUUUUGGAAGUCAGCAAAAUCAACAGCAAGGAAUUCAGGCACCGCUUCCUUCAGCACAGCAGGCAAGUAUGAAUCCUUAUGGUACGAAUGAUUUGUUUUCGCGCGUAAUCGUACCUGAUUCGAUUACGAAACCAAUAAAGCCAAGCGCAACCAAGCUGAAUGCAGAUCUUAAAAAGAAGGCCAGUCUUUCAGGGGCUUACAGACUGGCACCAAAACCAUUGUUCGUUCAAAGAAGCACGGUCACCGCUCCAGUUAUGCGUUUGGGCAGUAGUGCUUCAGAUAAGAGCUCUCAUGGUGUUGGAAAUCUCGCGAACUCAUCGGUAGAAUCCCUUGGUAGGGAGCUACAACACCACAACAAAUCAUCCUCAUUCACAAACGAAAGUGAUGAGCUGAUUUUGGCCUCUAAUGAUACUUUGUUCAAUCCAGAUAAAAAGUCAUUCAAAAACCUAAUUAUAAACAGAAAAAAGAUGGAGGAUUCAGCUCCAAAGGAUGACGAUCAAGUUCUCCGAAUUACGUUUGCCUCGGAGGAAAAUGAAAGCAAAGAUGACAGUGCGUCUCGCUUCGCAAGCGCAUCCGAGAAUGAGAAAAAGACGGCACCUUUGUCAGUUGGCGAUUCGGGUAAGUUGGCUUUCAAAGACAACCAGGCGACCGCCACGCCCAUCGGUAAGUCUGCUUCAGCGUCCUUGACUGAAAAGUCGGACGCUGCAAUUGGUGAUGACGUGAAGGCUGACGUCCUUCAAAGAAAACUUGGCGUCUUGGGUGAUGACGUCUCUUUUGAAGACGAUGGAUAUUAUAUCUCUCCUUCGCUGGAAAGUCUCUCGUCAAUGACCCUUCUACAGCUUCGUAAAGUAAGCGGUCUGACAAUCGGUCACAAAGACUACGGCAAAGUCGAAUUUUUAGAACCUGUGGACCUGACAAACACUUCUUUGCCAGCCAUUUGCGGCCAAAUUGUCGUCUUCGAGCCAAGGUCUUGUAGUGUUUACCCGAACGGAUCAGAAAUUCCUCCCCGUGGCCAGGGAUUGAACGUUAGGGCUCGCAUCAGUCAAUAUGGGUGUUAUCCUCAGGAUAAAGCGACAAGAGAACCAAUCAAAAACCCAAAUCACCCAAUUAUUAAAAGACACAUCAACCGCUUGAAGGCAAUUCCAGAUACCAAAUUUGAGAGCUACGACCCUCAACUUGGUACCUGGGUGUUCACCACAGACAGUCCAGCUGGAAAUUGA